AUGCUCCCUAUAGUGGCAGAAACAGCCGACAAAUCCGACAAGCCCGAAUCGGCCGUGGAUCAAGCAGAUGAGGCAGGUGGGACAGUUAAAGAGGAAUCGCAUGAAGACAGUACAAGUGAACCAGAUACACAAAUGGAGAACUCGAACACGCAGGAGGGUGAGGCCCAUGAUCAGGGAGAGACAAUGAAAGAGGAAGACGCGGAUGCAAAACACGAUGUGGAUUCUGUGUCUGAAGGGCCUGAGAAGGAAGUCGAAAAAUCUGCCACGAGUGAAGAGAGCUCUGUCCCGCCUGUGG